AUGCACAUAGGUGAGAAUAGCCCUCAAUCGCUACAGGUAGUUAGUGAGGAAAUCACCAGCUUUGUCGCCUUAAUCUCUAGUGCCACCACAGAUGAUCUAGUAAACAUCUUACGAGAUUUUGUGUUUUGGAAGGAUGUUCAGUUUGACAUAGUCCAUUUUAUCCCGGUGUUGAACAAGUUUGACAAAGUCCUUGAGGACAUAAUCGCCAAGUACAACUUGUCUGAAGUCUAUACCAAACCCACAGCAGUUGAGAGCUUUGACGAGGAAGUUUUGUUGUUGGUGCUAAAAUUCACUCAAUCUCUUCUAGAAAUCACCCUUCAGAGACAUUUCUACAAUUCAUUGGACAGGAUCUAUAAUUUGCUGAACUGUACCUCGCUUUCCGUGAAGCUCUAUGCGCUGCGAAUUUGUCAAACUAUGGCUGAAUUGAGUGGGCCUCCAAUACUGCGGGCUCCUCCUGAUGUGAAGGAGAAGAUUUUAAAGUUGGCAACAAGUUUCCCACCACCUAUCACAGACUAUUCCUCGUCAAAGAGCCCUCAUAAGAAGGGCAGUGGUGCAAGAAAACCAUUGCACUUCAAACUGGUGGACUGGGCAAAUCCUUCCGCGCAAUAUCCUUCCAAGUGGAAAGGCUUGGAUUACGAGUAUUUCAACUCUUCAUUGGUGUUCAAGCGGAAACAUAGACUAUCUGAUCGCGAGGUUUCCACCACUCCAACCAAGAAGUCUAAGUCUAAGUCUGCAUUGAACACUCAAACUAGCGGUGAACACGCUUUGAGUGAGGCUGAGGAUUCGAAAGGUGUGUUUGCAGCUGAAGGAAUGCAACAGCUGUCUGUCUCAGUGGAUUCAGUAAAAACUAUGAGCUUCUCCCAGCUGUACGAAAGGGCGGCGGAAUUACCCCAAGAAUAUUACUUUGGAUAUGAACUAAAUGUUGCCUUUGCCAAGGCAUUCAAUGACAGGACAGCCGAGAACUUGAAGAUAAGGGAACAGCUGUUUUCCAUCAAGUGUCUGGCGGUAGGUGUCGCCUGUCAUAUCUGUUCGGAGAACUCCUUUGCUUCUGGUGUGCUUGAAGACCAGCCAAACGUGUUUGCCGAGUUGGCAAGUCUGGUUGACCCUGACUUGGAAGUCCCACUCUCGGUCAGGAUUGAUGUUAUCCAUACUCUCAUGAUCAUUUCGGCUAGACGUUCCUAUGCCAGUGAUAUGCUAAAGGCUUUCAGCGGAAAUGUCGCUCAUGGCUUACUGUUUCGGUGUCUCAAAAACACCUUAAGAACUGCACGCGAAGGUAAAUCCGCUGAAUCAAAUUCUUUUACACCAUUGUUCUUUUCAAUGAUUGGCUCAUUGAUAUCAGUUAAAGGACCUUUGGCCUUACUUGUCGGUGCUGGUAUACUCAAUGUCCUAAUGGAAUUCUUACAGCUCAAAUCUGAUGACAGGAGAACCAGAGCAGGUGCCGUUGAGCUUAUUUCAAGGGUUUUGCAGUUUGCUCCAACUUCUCUUGACUCUUUCAUCUCAUUGAAUGGUUUCAAGCAUCUCAUCGAAGCCAUUGAUUAUGAAAUCACCUUUGCAUUGGAGAACCCUGACUUUGAUGAUGGUCCUCCCAAAGAAGUAAUAGUCUCUUACAGUGUUUCUAUUCGCCAAAAACAGUUACUGAAGAAACUGCUAAGACUCGUUUACUCGCUCAUCAACUCCGAUGGUGGAGACAGAAUCCGCAACCUGUUUGACUCUCCCUUGCUUCUGUCAUUGAAUACAAUAUUAAACCGCCCCACUGUCUUUGGAAAUGAGGUAUUGGCAUCUACACUUGUCAUAAUAUUGUCAAUCAUGCACAAUGAGCCAACAGCAUAUUCUAUAUUGAGUGAAGCAGGGACUGUCGACACGUUUGUGAAGAACUUCGAUAGUUUCCUGGGUAAGUCUUCUGAUCUUCUGAGCUCUUUGCCUGAGAUCAUUGGUGCUGUGUGUUUGAAUUAUGAGGGAAUGAAGAAGGUUCUUGAGGCCGAUUUGAUCACAAGGUUUUUCAAAGUAUUCGAGAGCCCGGUUCUAUGCAGGGAGCUACUUGUCCGCGAUUAUACGGUAUCUUUGGGCAAUGCCUUCGACGAACUUUCCAGACAUUAUCCUGAUCUGAAAUCCACCAUUCUUGAUAAUGUUAUUGCGCUGGCAGAGAACACACCCUCGCGCGCUGCAGCUUUUAUGGAGCCGGUGAUAUUCUAUCAUUCGGACGAGGGCUCGUUAUACGAGAGUCCUCUUGAGGAGCCCUUCCUCUCAUAUAAAGACGGCAUGAAAUUACCAACAUGUCGGAAUAGUGAAGGCGCUUCUAUUCUCACUGCUGCUCUGUUGUUUUUGGACAGGCUCUUUCAUACUCAUGCCAGGUGGAAGCCAAUCGCGAGGCUGCUGACAUCAGAAGAAUGGGUUGCGUUUUUAACGGUGCCAAACACACCCUAUGACUUUCUCUGGUCUCACGGAAUGUCCUCCUUAAAUGCCAUUCUGAGCUUUGCAAAUACAGAAUUCAGUAACUUUGCUUUGGAGCCGCUGUUGUCUGCUUUGGCAAAGUCAUUGGAACCUUUGGAUGACAUGUUGCGUUAUGAUUCUCGAAAAUCUUUUUUCAGCCAGUUUGGGGCAGCGGAUGAGCUUGAAGGUGGACGCUUCAUCUCUUUGCUUGGCACGGCAAGCAAUGUUCUAUUUUGCUUUGCUGAAGUGUACUCAAUGACGCCCUCGUUGUCAAUGGACCGAAUGGAGCGCCUGUGUGAGUUUUUCAGUUCUGACAAGGGCGUCGAGACUCUGAAACGAGUUUUCAGCCUCUUCAAGAGAGCUGUGGUUGAAGAUCUGCUGUUCAUGGAGCACACACCAGCCAGUGUCAUCAGUAUCACCAGAUCAAAAAGCACGCAAGCAUACCCUCAGCUUACAUGGAACGUGAUACCUGCGAAAGGAAACUCGAACCAUCCCAAAUUCAAGAACACUCGCCAGUUGCAUGGCUACUUUGCUUUGAUCCAAACCAACGUUAUCAAGCUCGUCACAACGCUGUUGAGACCUCUUAUAGAUAAGCGUCAAGAACGUGAUGGUUAUGAAAUAACCAUGGAAGCUCUGAAAGUUGGAUCGGUGAUAGCAGAUGGUUGUUUGGACUUACUGGCCAUUGAUGGUGAUGAUUUCUUUGCUACAUCGUAUAGGCUGCUGAUGAUGAAUUUUAUUUCCUGUGCGACCUAUGUGAAAUCCAGGUCGAAUGCUUCCACCCAUACGGUUUUGAUAGCGCUACUGUUUCAAAAUGGCGGCUUGCAAGAGAUGAUCAAUGUCUGCAAAUGGGUAUUUUCACGGGCUCCUCAUGUCUUGACGGCCAAGGAAACAGAACGUCUCAACAGUCUGGACAGUCUGGAACCAACCUUAGAAUGUGUGACCUCCAAGCUCGUUGUUCAUUCUCUCAAGUUAUUUGCCCGCGUUGUUGAUAGUGAUAGUAUGCCUAGUGUGUUCUGGGCAUACAAGAUGUUUCCGGGUGACGACAAAUCCAGAUUUGCUCACUCCACCGACUUCCAAGACCGUUGCCUUACUCAAGUGUUAUUCUUGGCAUUGUGGAUGAUCGACGAUCUAUCUGACGAAAACGGCUCGGGGAUCUUCGACUGCGUGGACUCUGCCGGUGCUCCUCUGUUGCCGCUGGAGGCUAUAACUGCCUUAACCAGGAUCUACGAGUCGACAUACAUCAGUCGUCCAGAGAAGAAAGACGAAGAAUUUGACGGUAUGCUAUAUCCACUGUCUUGGAAGAAUGCAUGGCCUUCACGUUCGAAAGCAGAGUACCUGGCCAGUCUUGGAGUGACUGGAUUCGAUUUUUCCACCUCUAGUUAUAUGCUUCAGACGAACUCAAACUUACUUCCCAAGGACGGAUGGACAAUGAGAGAAGCGGAUCGCCAUCUUGAUUUCCAAGAAUUGCUGAGACGAACUCAAGAAAAUCCCUAUGUGGAGCAGCCAUUCCAUGCGCUGCCCUCUUCAAAGCCUUAUCAGGAGUUUCUAGAGUUGCGUGAGAAUCUUGAGAUGAAGCAUUUUGACCGUUGGUUGGAAAUCCUGAAGAUUUAUCCAAGUUCUGUUUUCAGGUUUUACCAACUGCUCGGAAACGUGUGUUUUGCUUCGAGCGUUUCGAGACCUGCUGUCUGCAAGUUUUUGGUGAAUCGGGUUAUCAAGGAAGUAUGUAAGGAAUCUGAGCCUUCAGCGCCACUUCUUCAUCUGGUUGGUCUUUUGGUGCGCAAUCCACAUGCUGAAGUUUUGGAUUCGGCGAUCUCAAAGCCAUGGGUUUGUGACGAUUGGUGCUUCAAGCCUAUACUCUCUCUAAUCGAGAAGGUUAAUGUUGAGGAUAUUGCAAAAGCGUGGUUUCCAAAAGCUAUGUUUGUGUAUGAAUGUGUGCUGAGCGAUUCCAUGAUUCCCGUUGUACCGGAAAAGAUGAAGAUUCCAUCGUCAUUACAGGAACAGUUGCAGACCAGUUAUGACUGCCCUCAUAUUUUCAGAUUGUCUGAUCGUGUGAGAAAAUCGGUCUUUGAAGUGUUUUUGAAAGUGGAUGUCCUUCCGUCUUUUGAAAGCGCUCUGGCUCUAGCCAGGGUUCUGGUCUUAUAUUCCAAAGACCAAGAAUGUGCUGAGAGAAUAGUGGGCUCUUUGGUUUUGACUGCACUCGUCUCCUCUGUGUAUAAGCAUGCUUCCUCGGAGAACUGGCAAGCAUUACAAUCUUGUCUGAUAGUCAUUGUUCGGCAAUGCAUGGAGACUAAUGAUAUGGUGAAAUCCAUCAUGUCGCACGAACUGAAAGAGUACUUCUCGACACCAAAUAAGAAGGAAGAUCAUCCUCCUAAGGCUCACUCGCUGAACUCUCUGUUGAAAGAUGCAACUCCGUUGAUUGUUAGGUCCAAUAAAGCCUUUUUGAGCGAGACCGUUGAAAAUCUGGUCCUGGAAAUCAAAGAAGAUCAGACAACUGAUCUGAUGGUCACGUAUGGAAAGUCUGGAGCAAAGACCGACGAAGAACCACACGGUAUUGCCAAGGGAGGUGUUAUGACGUUGUUACUUGAACAGCUCAUGGAUGUAGUUACCCACAACGACAUUUAUUGCUCCACAGAGGAGGACAGACUUUCAUGGGAAACAGAGAAAAAGAAAACGAGAGGUAAAGCCAAAAUGAAGCAGGAUCUGCUCUUCAAAAACAAAGAGUGUUUAUACGUUUGCUUCCUAUUGCAGGCGAUCGUUGAGCUUCUUUUCUCCUAUGAACAAUCCAAGAUGGAGUUUUUGACAUACUCGAAGAAGAGACUGUUUUCUGAGGUGUUGAAACCUCGGUCAACUGCACUUAACUUCUUGGUGUAUCAACUUGUUCCAACCAAUUCCUUUUCUACUGUCGAUGAUGAUUUAGUUUUCGAGAGGAAGCAUUUGGUGUCGACUUUGGCAAAAACAUGUGUUUUGGGCUUGGUUUCUUCGGUUGCAACUUUCAACAAAACCGAUGCAAGUAUUCCUGAUGCCAACAUCACCUUGAUCAGGAAAUUCACAGUUGACAUUCUGAUGAAAGUGAUGAAAGACACUAGCAUGAGUAUUCAUACUGCCAACUCUAGGUAUGGAAAGAUAGACGAUUUGCUUGAGCUGACUUUUGGCUUGAUCAACGACAAAAGGGAGCAUGUUAUCCCCGUUGAGCCAAAGAACUUCUGCAAAUACGAUGCGUAUCAUGUUGCUCGUAUUAUGGUGGAGAAGGGCUUCCCGGGUCUAGUCACAGGCAUUCUGGCAGGUUUAGACUUGAACUAUCCGAACUCCGGGUCUCUUACAAAAGACAUGAUGAAAAUCAUUACUCGAAUCUCAGCGGUGAUAUUGAAGUAUCAAGAUGAUGUUGGUGAUCAAAAAGUGGAAGAGGGCGAGGGUGAAGACAUCGAGGAAGAUGAUAUGGAUGACAGUGAUGAAACUCCAAAUCUUUUGAGAAAUUCGACUCUAGGCAUGUAUGACAUUGAUGAUGUCAGUGAAGACGAAGAAAUAGACUACAGCGAUGGAUCAAGUGUGGUCAAUGUGGUCUAUUCUACAGAUGGAAGCGAUGUUGACUUGGACUCGGGCGAUGACGAGGAAAUGCUGUCUGGGUCUGAGAUUGACAUUAUCGAAGACUCCGAGAAUGACUAUGGGGAUCCAAUUGAGUCUGAUGACGAUGGACAUUUUGGUUCGGAUGAGUCCAGGUAUGAUGAUGAUCCGAGAAACCAGGAAAGGUAUACUAUCGACAUAAUCUCGGAGUAUGACUCUUCAGAUAUGUACAGCAGUUACGACGAAGAGUCAGAUCCGGGUGAACCUGUGGUUCCCGAUCACGAAGGUAAUGAACCAUUCUUCCGGGAGGACGGCACCGAUAGGUCUGAUGAAGACAGUCUCGUGAUUGACAUUCGGGAGUUUGAAGAUGACAAUCUUGACUCGAUGAGGCUUGACGACGAUGACAUUGAAGAGGAAAUUCUGGACGAAGAUGAAGAUGAGGAUGAGGAGGAUGAAGAGGAAGUUGGCUUCCUGGGCCAUGUUGAUAUUGGAAGUGAGGGCUCUGAUGGAAUGGAAGAGAUGUUGGACCUAGAAUCGAACCAUAGACAUCGCUCAGGUUUCCACUCGCAUAGACAUGAGCUUGAUUUGGACUCGCUCAUUGACGAUAGACUACGUUUGGUCAGUCCUUUGGUGUCUUCCAGCCUCUUCAACUCUUCAAGCAUUCGUGGAGAUGGCUUGAACCCAUCUCAGUCUUUCCUGAGAAACCCUCUCGCAAUCCCUAAUGACGGACUAGCCUCUGCCCGUGAUGCACUUCCGCAUUUUGCAAUGCUUGAGCGCAACCGUGGUAGAAUUAGAUCUAUUGAGGUUAGACCUGGUGAGGUGUGGAGUUCUGAUAACCACAUAAUGGGGCUUCUGCGCGCUAUGACGGGACGUCCUUCUCCAGCUCCUCAUCAGAACACAGAAGUGUACAACCUGGCUGUAAAAUCAACUCUGCAGCGCUGGAUAGACGUUGUGGUGAUGUUCAAUUCCGGUUUGGAAAAACGUGUGACUUCAUUCGUUGCUCGGAAUAUCGUGGACGGAAUCUACGAGCCAAGCGUGGAGGCCUACAAACAGAGGAAAGAAGCUGAGGAGAACCAGCUCAAACUUGACGAGGCCAUACUCCAGAGAUCGGGGGAAUCUGAGACUUCAAGCAUUGCAAGUGAAGGCGAAGAGCCCAACUCUGGUGAUAUUGAAAGAGAACCUGAAAGAGAACCUGUCUAUAUUUUGAUUGGUGACCGCGAAGUUGACAUAUCAGGAACCGAUAUUGAUCCCGAGUUUUUCGAAGCAUUACCUGAUGAGAUACGCGAAGAAGUUUUCACACAGCAUAUAAGAGAAAGGAGAGCAGAAGCAUCAGCAGCUGGAAAUGAAAUUCCAGAAAUUGAUCCCUCAUUCCUGUCGGCAUUGCCCGAUAACCUGCGGGAAGAGAUCCUGGCUCAAGAGGCAAUAGCAAACCGCUACUCGGCUUUAGAUAAUACGGGAGAUGAAGAAGAAGACGAAGACGAAGAAGAGGAUGAUGAAGACGGCCUUUCUGGUGAUAAAGCUCGCCAGAAGCCUAAGAGAAUUGUUUUUCCUCUUCUUAUUGACAGGUUCGGUGUAGCCUCGCUUCUGAAACUGGUGUUUGUUCCACAAUCCUAUGCUGAUCGUGAAUACUUCAUGAAGGCGCUUGGUUAUUUGUGCUAUAACAAACAGUCAAAGGCGGAUAUCAUGGGACUGCUCCUUUAUAUAUUGCAAGAGGCUACAGCGGAUUUGCAGUCUUCAAAGAAGGUAUUCCAUACACUUUCUGGGAGAGCCAAGGUGAAUUUUGCGAAAACACCACAUCCUUCACCUUCAAAGAUGGAAACUCCAAAAACGCCGCACAAAGUUGACCUGGAUGAAGGACAGGAAACUUAUCCAGUUGGAUGUACCCCUCUGAUUGUAACUUGUCAAGCCAUUGACACCGUGCAAUAUCUUCUUGAGUAUGGCUCCCCUGGAAGACUGUUCUUCUUGAAUGAGCUUGAGUCCACAUUCAUGUCUAAACGGACCAAGAGCAGACACCUCAAGGCUGUUAGCAGAAAUCCUGCCUCCAAGUAUCCGAUCAAUGUUUUGCUUGGACUAUUGAAUAAUAGUAUUGUCAAGCAGGAGCCAUUGCUUAUUGAUACGUUAUCUCGGACUCUUCAGGUUGCAACUAGACCUCUUCAGAUCACGAAGUCACAAACUAACGACGAAAAGGCUGCUCCCAAGACGAUUCCUAUUAUCCCUGAUCGAAAUCUGCGCAAUGUUACUUCUAUUCUGGUGGCAGACGAAUGCAACAGUAAGGUAUUCCAGCAAACAGUUGGUACUCUUCAAAACCUCUCUUCGCUGGAAAAUGCCAGGAACUUGUUCCCUCAAGAGCUUUCAAGGUGGGCUAAUGUUUUGGCUAAUCACCUUGUCGUUGACCUGAAGAUUCUUGCCAAGAAUAUUUCCAACAUCAGCGAUGGCCAGGAGAUGGAGUCAGCUACAUUGUCCAAGUUCAUGUUGUCGAACUCGGAUCAGGUCAAGUUCUUGAGAGUGUUAACAGCACUUGAUUAUCUGUUUGACAAUAACUCCGAGGUUGAAGAGCUUAAAAGCUGGUACAGAAGUUCAUCUCUGGGACCUCUGUGGGGUGCCCUUAGUGACGUCCUCAAAACAUUAAGAGACAAUGCAUCGCUCUCUCAUAUCGCAACUGUUAUGUCUCCGCUUAUUGAAGCUCUGUUAGUGGUCUGUAAACACAGCAAAGUCAACGAUAUGCCAAUUCGGGACGUUCUGAAGUAUGAGGAGACUCAGAAGGAUUUUGUCAAUGAACCGUUGGAGAGCCUCUUCUUCUCUUUCACUGAUGAGCACAAGAAGAUCUUGAACCAUAUGGUUAGAGCAAAUCCAAAGCUGAUGAGUGGACCCUUCUCCAUGCUUGUCAGGAACUCAAAGGUAUUGGAGUUCGAUAGCAAGAGGGUUUAUUUCGAGAAGAAAUUGCACGAAAAUGCCAAAGAAAGACAACCGUUGCAUGUCAAUGUACGCAGGGAUCAGGUAUUCUUGGACUCGUAUAGGUCUUUGUUCUACCGUCCUAGCAACGAACUGAAGGACUCAAAGUUGGAUAUACAGUUCAGAGGGGAAGCAGGUGUUGAUGCGGGUGGUGUUACACGAGAAUGGUUCCAAGUCCUUUCAAGACAAAUGUUCAAUCCUGAUUACGCUCUGUUCACUCCCGUGGCUUCGGACACGACAACGUUCCAUCCUAACAGGACUUCUUAUGCCAAUCCAGAGCAUUUGUCGUUUUUCAAGUUCAUCGGAAAGAUAAUAGGAAAAGCGUUGUACGACGGUUUCCUUUUGGAUUGUCAUUUUUCUCGUGCGGUCUAUAAGAGAAUACUAGGCCGUCCCUUGACACUGAAAGAUGUCGAGAGUCUGGAUCCCAGCUACUUCAAGUCUCUAAUAUGGAUGCUUGAGAACGACAUCACAGACGUGAUUGAGGAAACCUUCUCUGUCGAAUCAGAUGACUUUGGUGAACACAAAGUGAUUGAUUUGAUUGAAAAUGGCCAUAACAUACCAGUGACAGAGGACAACAAAAAGAUGUACGUGAGUCUCAUUGUUGAGUACAGACUCAACACCUCUGUUGAACAGCAAAUGGACAGCUUCUUGGAGGGAUUUCAUCAAGUCAUUCCCAAGGAGUUGGUCUCGAUAUUCGACGAUCAAGAGCUCGAGCUUCUCAUUUCCGGAUUGCCUGACAUUGAUGUGGAUGAUUGGAGAAAUAAUACGGUUUACCAGAACUACUCACCCUCGUCUCCGCAAAUCCAAUGGUUUUGGAGAGCAGUCAAAUCGUUUGACGUCGAAGAAAGGGCUAAGUUGCUUCAAUUUGCCACAGGAACCUCCAAAGUACCACUUCAUGGAUUCAAAGAGCUUUCGGGUGUUUCUGGUGUCUCCAAGUUUUCUAUUCACAAGGACUACGGCUCCUCAGAUAGGCUUCCUUCCUCCCACACCUGUUUCAACCAGAUUGAUCUGCCUGAAUAUGCUUCCUACGAUGCUCUUCGUGGUUCGCUUCUGCUUGCAAUUACCGAAGGCCAUGAAGGAUUUGGUCUCGCAUAA